AUGUCGGACCUGAGCGAGACUGGAUUGGAGAGUAGGCGAGCGUUGAAGAGUGAGUGGUUGUGUGAGCUGGUGAGUCGCCAUAUAACGGCGGUCGCAACUCAUGACUGCCAGAGGCUUGACCAGGCGCGUGGGGACGGUGGUUUCAUGGGAACCAAAAAAUCAAACUCAUCAAGAGUCACAGUGUGCGCGCAGAGGCAAUUUACCGGCCGAGAAUCCCUUUUGCUUGA